GCGCGGAAUGACGGAGGCCCCGCCCCGCCCCGCCCCGGGGCGUGUCCGGAAGGGGGCGUGGCCAGCGCCGCCCGUCGCCGCGGGCCGGGCCGGGCCGGUCGCCGCCGCCGCCAUCGCCGCCAUGGCCUGGGGCGCCUCGCUCGCCGAGUGCCUGCGCGAGUGGGAGGAGCUGCAGGACGGCUACCAGCGCAUCCAGGACAACCACAGGCUGUACAAGCAGAAACUCGAGGAGCUGACCAAGCUGCAGGAUGGGAUCUCCAGCUCCAUUGCCCGGCAGAAGAAGCGGCUGAAGGAGCUGUCCCUGUCCCUCAAAAAAUGCAGAGCCCAGGUGACUCCCGAGCAGGAAGCAUCCAUCCAAGAGACCCAGAGCCUGAUUAAAGAGAGGCAGAACGUGUUCUUUGAGAUGGAGGCCUAUCUGCCAAAGAAGAACGGGUUGUACCUGAGUCUGGUGCUUGGCAAUGUGAACGUGACCCUGCUCAGCAAACAGGCCAAGUUUGCCUAUAAAGAUGAGUACGAGAAGUUCAAGCUCUACCUCACCAUCAUCCUACUCAUUGUCUCCUUCUCCUGUCGGUUCCUCCUCAACUCCAGGGUGACAGACGCCGUCUUCAACUUCCUCCUGGUGUGGUACUACUGCACCCUCACCAUCCGCGAGAGCAUCCUCAUCAACAACGGCUCCAAGAUCAAAGGCUGGUGGGUUUUCCAUCACUACAUCUCCACCUUCCUCUCAGGUGUCAUGCUGACGUGGCCAGAUGGGCUCAUGUACCAGAUGUUCAGGAACCAGUUUCUGUCCUUCUCCAUGUACCAGAGCUUUGUGCAGUUCCUGCAGUAUUACUACCAGAGUGGGUGCUUGUACCGGCUGCGAGCGCUGGGAGAGAGGCACAACAUGGACCUGACUGUGGAGGGCUUCCAGUCCUGGAUGUGGAGAGGCCUCACGUUCCUGCUUCCCUUCCUCUUCUUUGGGCAGUUCUGGCAGCUCUACAACGCCAUCACGCUGUUCCGCAUGCUGCAGCACCCCGAGUGCAAGGAGUGGCAGGUCCUCAUGUGUGGCCUCCCCUUCUCCAUCCUCUUCCUGGGCAACUUCUUCACCACCCUCCGCGUCGUCCACCAGAAGAUCCAGAACAAGAACCAGGACACGAAGGAGAAUUGAAGAGGGGCCCUGUGGGGGCCUGGACUGUUUCUUCCCACUGGCUCCAUCCCCUGUCCCCAUCUCCUUGAUUCCGUCCGGACUCUGGGGUCUCAUCCCAUCCCUUGGAGGCCUGGGUGUGGGACAGAGCUUGGGGCCUGCUCCUGGACAGUCCCUGUGCUCAGCACGGGGCUGGAUCCGUGCUGGAGUCCCUCACCUGCAGCCUGGAGCACCCUGCACCUCCUGUCCUGGCUGCCUUCCCCAUCCAGACAGCAGGAUGCCUGGGACAGCCACUGCCCUCCCUGGCACUGGGAUGGCCUCUGGCUGCUGCUGCUCCCCACUGGGACAGGGCAGUGUCCAGGGACUGCCUCCCACAGCUCCUGGGGUGCUGGAGGCUCCCCCUUUUCCCCCCAGCCCUGCACCCAGGGCAGCCCCUGUGUGCUGAGGGCAGGGACCCUCCAAGGGCAGCUGGGGCUGUGCACAGCUCUGAUUGCAGGGCUGCCCCAGCUCCUCCCUCACCUUCAAUCCACAGGGAAGGGGUGGCUGGGGCACGGGAGGGGUGGGAGCAGCAGGAGCUGGGGCUGUGCAAGCAGCAGCCUGGGCUGGUAGCUCCUGAGGCUGCAGAUGUGAAAAUAAAGGGAAGGAGCUGCCCUGGCUCAGUCUGGGAACUGCUCCCACACUCUGCUCUGUGGCUUUGGUUCAUCAGGAAGGGGGUCCUGACACAACCUCCCUGAAAGGAGGGUGGAGGUGGGGGGCAAUAGGACAAUUGUCACAACAGGACAAGAGGAAACAGCCUCAGGUUCCACCAGGGGAGGUUUAGGUCAGAUAUUAAGGAAAAUGUCUUCACAAAAAAGGGUUGUCCAGCCCUGAGAGAGGCUGCCCAGAGCAGUGGUGGAGUCACCAUCCCUGCAGGGAUUUAAAAGCCAUGUAGAUGUGGCAGUUGGGGACACGGUUGAGUGGUGGGUUUGGUAUUGCUGGGUUAAGGGUUGGACUCAAUGAUUUGGAGGGGCUUUCCAGCCUAAAUGAGCCCAUGAUUUUAUGGAAAGUCAUCUCCCUGUGCCCUUCCACCAGCCUGAGCUGCAGGGGGUUCUCCUUCCCAUGGCAUCCCAAGGAGCCCAGCAGAACCUCAGUGUCCCUGGAGGUGGGGAAGAGACACCCUGUACCAGCUGUACCAGCACUGGGAGCUCUGGAAUAACCAAAGAGCAGGUUGGGCACAGCUGCACCCCAGUCCAGAGCCCCCCACUGCCCUCCUCCCUCCCCCUUCCACAGCCCAGCACUCAGGGUAGGGGCUGCCCCAGCUCAGACCAAACCCAGAGCUGCCACCACAUCCCCAGAUUUCCUCCUGGUUAUCAUCCAUUGCUCCUCCUGCCUCCUUCUUCCCUCUGGCUGAGCAGAGAGAUGCAGGAAGCAAACUCCAGACACAGGGUUUUUAUUCCAAGGGUAAAUGUAUUUAAAUAAUUUACAAUCACUGGACAGCCUGGAAGUCUGGGGUUUCCGUUGUUGUUUUUUGUUUUGGUUUUUUUUUUUGUUUGUUUGUUUUUUUCCAUGCUAAAAUCACAAAGAUGUUCAAAAUAAAAACCGUAUUU